AUGUCCUCUGUAGUCGUGCCGAAGCUCUUCCAGCCCACCAAAGUCGGGACGUCCAUUCUGUCUCACCGCGUCGUAUUAGCCCCCCUUACCCGAUUUCGUGCGGACAAGGCACAUGUACAUGGCGAUCUAGCGGUCGAAUACUAUGCGCAACGUGCAUCGGUGCCCGGUACGCUGCUAAUUACAGAGGCCACCUUCAUUGCCGCCAAGGCAGGAGGAUACGAUAAUGUUCCUGGUAUCUGGAACGAUGAACAAGUUGCGGGUUGGAAGCGCGUUACAGAUGCUGUUCACGCUAAAGGUUCACGCAUCUUCUGCCAGCUCUGGGCCCUCGGCAGGACUGCAGCUCCCUCUGUACUAAAAAAAGACGGCUUUGACUUACAAUCGGCCUCUGACAUUGCUAUGGACGACCAGCACCCGAAACCUCGCUCUCUCACCAUCCCAGAGAUCAAGGAAUAUAUCCAGCUGUAUACCACCGCCGCGAUCAACUCCGUCCGCGCGGGCUUCGAUGGGGUCGAGCUGCACGGUGCGAACGGGUACCUCAUUGACCAGUUCCUCCAGGAUGUAUCCAACAAGCGCACUGACGAGUACGGCGGCUCUAUCGAGAACCGGUCCCGCUUUGCGCUCGAUGUCAUUGACUCCGUGGUGAAGGCGAUCGGCCCAGAGAAGGUGGGCAUCCGUCUGAGUCCCUGGGGCACAUUCCAAAGCAUGCGCAUGGAUGACCCCAAGCCGACAUUCGCCUACCUCGUCUCUCGCAUCGCCGAGGCGCAUCCCUCCUUUGCGUAUAUCCACGUCACUGAGGCGCGUGUAAAUGGCAACGUGGAUCGCGAGGUUCUCGAGAACGAGUCGAACGACUUCCUGCGCGAGAUCUGGGCUCCUCGUCCGUUCAUCAGUGCUGGCGGCUACACGCGCGACACCGCGUUUGAGGCGGCGGAGAAGACCGGCGAACUGGUCGCUUUCGGACGGCUGUUCAUUUCCAACCCCGACCUUCCAUUACGGCUCGCAAAGAACCUACCCAUUAUCAAGGGUGAUCGUGACUCGUACUAUGCUCCCGGAGGAUCUAAGGGGUACACAGACUAUCCUUUCGUCGACGACGCAGCUGCUAGACUGUAG